GUUACCUUUGGUUAGGCCGAGUUUGACAUUUUGUCCAUCCAACUUCGUUCCUCGUUCGCUCGAGAGCGCGUGCAGCUAUAGCCGGCCACGCUGUUUUGCAUCGAAACUUUGGUGAAAGCAAUAAAAUGCCCUGUGUCAGCUUACCCAGCACUAGCGGUCGCGCUGCUGCGCAUUCCGUGCCAUCCCGGCCACGCCGGCGUGCAGUCGUCACCGCUGCCCUGCAGUCGAAAGACUGCUGCAGCGGCGGCAGCUGCGAUGCCCAUGGUGCAGCUGGGUUCCGCCUGCGCCCAUGGUGCAUCCGGGUUCCGCCUGCGCCUGACACCAGCAGCAGCCUCGGCACCUCAAACGUCAGUCUCUCUGCGGCGACAGAGCCAGUGAACAGCGCGUGGGCCGGCUGCCAGCGACAGCUGCUAGCUGGCGCGGCGCUGGCGGGACCGCUGGCGCUGGCUGCGGCAUCAGCCGGCCCUUCCAACGCUGCGGAUGCCGCCGCAGCUGCCGCCACCACAACUGCAGCCGCUGCCUCGGCUGCGGGCGUGGGCCUGGGCGACAUCAGUCCGGCGGAGCUGGCGGCAGCUGGUGUGACCACCUUCGUGCCGUCGGGCUACGUGCCUAGCCCUGUGGAGCCAGGCUGGGAGAUCUGGCUGGGCUUCAUUGCGGGCGUGGUGCCGUUCGCCAUCGGCUCCUACGAAUUCGGAAAGCGCAUUUUGAUCCAGCUGCGCUGCGAGGUGUGUGGCGGCCGGGGGCUGGUGCCGUCGGGCGGCGCGGGCAAGGACAAGUACCUGCGCAAGUGCCCCCAGUGCGGCGGCUUCUUCCCCUGGAUCUCCUGGCAGAUGUUCCUGUCCUCCACGGCCACGCCCGGCAACGGCGGCCCACUGCAGCAGCCCCGUGGUCAGACCAGCGUGCUCUACAGUGUGCCUGACGCCCCCGACCCGGCCCGCAUGGCGGAGGCACGUGCGCGCAGCCAAGCAGCCGUGGAGGCGGCGGAGGCUCUGGUGCUGUCGGGCCGCAAGCCGGGCGGCGGCGGCGGCGGCAGUGCGACGUCUGAAGCUGGCGCUGGUGCUGGCGCUGGGAGUGUCAGUGCAGGGAGCCCCAGCGAGGGAGCGGGCAGCGCGCCGCCGCCGCCGUGAUGAUGCAGGCGAAUACCCUGUAUAUAUCAUCUAGCUGCCAGCCAGUCGUCGGCAGGCAGCGCGGACGCUCCUCAGGGGCGCAUGGGUGGGGGCACUUGGGAGGCGGAGGGGCGCGGGGCCGGCGGGGUCGCAGGGGUCCAUGGGGAUGUUGCAGACUGCCAGACGGUUAGACACGUGUGCGUGUUCUUGGAGGACGACUGAGGACAUACAUACUGAAGUUUCGGUUACGUCUGGACGUCGGGGAGAGAAGGUUACGGUGGAGCCGAGGUGAAAGGACUACUGGACUAGUAGCGCUGCCGCAGUGCCACUGUCUGCCAGCUUGCGUCUGCGACUAGGCGGCAUUGGUCGCUAGCGGCACGGAUGGGACUGAC